ACCAUAAUAUUAUAACUUCAUAAUUUACCCUCCUUUUGAACAAAAUCUAAACUCAAAACAAGAAAGAACAUGGCAAAGUACGUUGCAGUUUUGGCCCUUUUCUGCACUAUUCUAUCCAUCGUGGGGCCGGUCACCUGUCGUGGGGACUCCACAAUAACCUCCCCUGCACCGGCCCCUUCCUCUCCCACUCCAUCCGCACCAUCCACAGACGGAGAAUCAUUCACGGUGGAAGGAAAAGUAUAUUGUGAUCCAUGCCGUAUUCAAUUCCCUAUCAAUAUCAGCUACCCCGUCCCCAACACAAAAGUUGCCCUAACAUGUCGUCAAAGAGAAUCAGGGGCUGAAACCACUAAAGUUGAGGGGACCAGCGAUACUAAUGGGAUGUAUAAGCUCACGGCCAAAGGGGAUCAUGAAGAGGAGAUAUGUGAAGUUCGGGUUACAGAAAGCCCAGAUAGUAAAUGCCCAGAGGUAAUGGAUGAUGAGAGCAGUGCUCGGGUUUCGUUGACUGAUAAGAAUGGAGUUAGAGGGAAUACCCGUUUGGCAAAUCCAAUUGGAUUCAUGGUCAAGGAAAUUGACCCUCGCUGCAAGGCUAUUCUUGCUGAAUUUGGUAUCACUGGAAUCUAAAUUUGAUUGUUAUGUUGUAAUUGUUUUAUGAAUUAAAGUUGAUUACUUGUAAAGAAAUUUAAUGCCUUUUUGAGGAAGUUUGUUUAUAAAGUUUUUAGUUAUCGAUAUAUGGAGGAAAGAUAUGGUAUCAAGUUUGAAUCAUCUCGGUGUGCCGGUGUACAAUAAACAGAUAAAGAUGCAAUGAAGAACAUAGUUUCUGGUGACAAUAGACGUUAACUUUAUGUCAAAGAUCCAUUGAUUA